AUGAGUAUCACCGAAACCCUCGAAACGACCAAAGGCAGGCAGAGUGAGUCGAGUCACCACUUGACUGUCGAGGAUGACGCACCAAUCAGCACACUGCAGCAUGAGUCACUCAAGCAUCCGCUAGGUGUUCGACCAAGUGGAAAUGCUUUAAUAGAUGGCCAGAACGGCUUAAGCGCGACAUCAGCCAUGGGCAGCUUCGGAAUGCUCCCAGAUGGCCUGAUGCUAAGCAUGCUGGAGUACCUGGAAGCACGUAGCCUCGCUAUGCUGGGCAGUACCUGUCGAGCUUUGUUCGCCUACUGCUCCUUCGACCAGUUGUGGAGAGAUCUCGCUGUAGAGGCGCAAGCCGACGUUCCGUGGCCAGGAUCCUGGCGAUCCUGUCAAAGGAAGCUGCCGGACGCGAAGCUGCCUAGCAUUGAUUGCCAAAUGCUGUACUCCGAUGCACUACAUCGACCGUUUCUAUGCUCUCAAAUCGAUCUGAAUCCUUAUGCGUCCACUAUUCCCGUGUCUAAUACUCUACCGAGGCUGCGAGAUCUUUCAACGGUAGAAUUCAACCAGAAAUGGACAGGAAAGCCGUUCAUUCUCACGGAGCCCGUCAAGCACUGGAAGGUUUAUCGAGAGUGGUCAUUGGAACAGUUGAGGGCGACCUACUCAGACACCACUUUCCGCGCCGAGGCGGUCGAUUGGCCCAUGGAAAGAUACCUGGCAUACAUGAGCACUACGAGGGACGAAAGCCCACUGUAUCUCUUUGACCGCGCCUUCGUCGAGAAGAUGGACCUCUCGGUGGGUCCAGAUGGGGACUACGAGCCACCAUCCUGCUUCCAGGAGGAUCUCUUCUCUAUCCUGGACAAGCAACGUCCAGAUCACCGGUGGCUCAUCAUUGGCCCGGCACGGAGCGGUUCUACCUUUCACAAGGAUCCAAAUGCUACUUCUGCCUGGAAUGCUGUGGUCCGGGGCUCUAAAUACUGGAUUAUGUUUCCUCCUUCCGUCCUGCCGCCGGGCGUGUACAUGUCUGAGGACCAAAGCGAGGUCACCAGUCCCCUGAGUAUUGCGGAGUGGCUGUUUACGUUUCAUGCAGAGGCCAGAGAGACCCCUGGAUGCCUUGAAGGAGUCUGCAGAGAAGGCGAAGUCCUUCACGUACCCAGUGGAUGGUGGCACCUUGUUGUCAAUCUUGUUCCGGCAAUUGCCAUCACGCAGAACUUCGUGCCGAGGUCGCAUCUGAAAUCCGUGGUCAACUUCUUGGAUCGGAAACGCGACCAGGUUUCCGGCUUCAGGGACGACGUUACAGACGCAGCAGCUUUGUUUCGAGAACGCUUGGGGCUCCAUUACCCAGAGCUUGCUAAAGAGCUUGACUCCAUAUCGAGGAAGCGUAAAUGGGAAGAGGUUGUGGCAGCAAAGGACGCCGAGGAAUCUGGAUCAUGUGGCUUCAGCUUCGGCUUCGGCGAUGACAUUGACUCAGAUUCAUAG